AGGAGGGGCUGCCCGCGGGUCCCGGCAUCCCGCGCGGGGGGUGGGGCGCCGCGACGCCAUCGCUGCGCGCCAGGCCGGAGCCGGAAGUGCGGAGCCGCUGUCGCGGCGCCACGUGCGGAGCGUCCGGGAGUGGGACCCCGCCGCCCGUGGCGGGUCCCAGGCACCUGCCAGAUAGCAACACCAUGAGCUUCGUGGCGUAUGAGGAGCUGAUCAAAGAGGGUGAUACGGCCAUCCUGUCACUGGGCCAUGGUGCAAUGGUAGCAGUGCGUGUGCAGCGUGGGGCACAGACCCAGACCCGGCAUGGUGUCCUGCGGCACUCAGUAGAUCUCAUCGGCCGCCCCUUCGGCUCCAAGGUGACUUGUGGCCGAGGUGGCUGGGUAUAUGUGCUGCACCCCACGCCUGAGCUCUGGACACUGAACCUGCCACACCGCACCCAGAUCCUCUACUCCACCGACAUUGCUCUGCUCACCAUGAUGCUGGAGCUUCGGCCUGGCUCUGUGGUCUGUGAAUCCGGCACUGGCAGCGGCUCCGUGUCCCACGCCAUCAUCCGCACCAUCGCGCCCACAGGCCACCUGCACACCGUGGAGUUCCACCAGCAGCGGGCGGAGAAGGCUCGGGAGGAGUUCCAGGAGCAUCGAGUGGGCCGCUGGGUGACGGUGCGCAACCAGGACGUGUGCCGCAGCGGCUUUGGUGUGAGCCACGUGGCAGAUGCUGUUUUCCUGGACAUCCCGUCUCCUUGGGAGGCUGUGGGCCAUGCCUGGGAUGCCCUCAAGGUUGAAGGUGGGCGCUUCUGCUCCUUCUCGCCGUGCAUCGAGCAAGUGCAGCGCACCUGCCAGGCGCUGGCCGCCCGCGGCUUCUCGGAACUGAGCACCCUGGAGGUGCUCCCACAGCUGUACAACGUGCGCACCGUCAGCCUGCCUGCGCCUGACCUGGGGGCUAGCCUGGGGCCCGACGCCGGUCCCUUCCGCAGCGGCACACCCAUGAAGGAGGCCGUGGGCCACACAGGCUACCUGACCUUCGCCACUAAGACCCCGGGCUAGUGGGCCUCCCGCUGGGAGCUGCAGGGAGCCGAGAACCCGCGGAGGGGGGCAGGGGGGCAGCUCAGCCACAGGCCACCUUAUAUGGUCAGUGCACGCCUGCUGGGGCCUGUGUUUAGACAGAACAUGUGGCGGGCGGGGCGGGGCAGGGCUUGGGGGCCUCUCCGGGUGGGAAGGUCUCCCGCCCAUCACCCCUUGUUCUGCUGCUGUCUGUUUCCAGAGUCUCUGCUGUCACCGGCUCUUCUGGCUAUUGAGGCCAAGGGGUGUAGGUGGUGGGGCCCUGACCCCUUCCCAGGUAGCCCCGAACUGGCAGGGGGGUGAGGGAGCCAGGAGGAGGAGGAGGAGGAGGACCACCGGCUCUGUGGGCUAGCCCCUCUUCCCUCGGGAGCUGACGGUGCUGGGCUGGGGGAGGGAGAGGUGGGCUUGCUGGGUGGCCUGAGGCCCGAGGCCCCCCGCCAAGAGGACCCUAUAGGCCAAGUGGGAGUGCCCUGUACCCCCUCCCAUGGGAGGGACAGGGCCCGGGCAGCCUUGCCCGUCUGCCGCGCUUCUCCUGCCACUGGAAGUGCCUUCGUGGCCCUGGUCCAGCCAGAGCCCCGGCGUGUCAGUGAGAACAGAGCGCCACUUCGCCAGGAGCCUGAGGGGGACGGUAAAGUGCCUCAGGUGGCCCGGCCCGGCCCUCUCAGAGCUGUUGGAACCCUGGCUGUCCAGCCCCGGGGCUGCUUGGGUGCCCUUGCCCCCUCACAGGAGUGCUGGGGGCACGGGGUUGCGUCCAGGACGGAGGGCUGUACUCCGUGUCACCUGCCUGGCCCUGGUCUCCAGCUCUGGGCCGGGUCCCUGGCAUCCCUGCUUGCCUCGGUUGCAUGAGGGCCUGAGCGUCUGCCCUUGGCCUCACUGUCCUCAAGAGCUUCCGUUUUCCACAGUAAGACAAGAGCCCCAGGGAAGUGUGCCGCCAGGGGGCUGGCUCCUGACCGUGCCUGGCAGAGCAAUAAACACUCUCGCCGCUGCCGUGCUCCCUGGUCUCUUCAGUGCCCCCCGUGCCAGUGUCCAGGCCGGGCCUCCCCCCACACCAGCGCCCCGGCCCCUGCUCCUUCCUCUUCCUGUCCCUGGGGCCCUGGACUCCAGGACAGCAGCCUGGGACAUGAUGGACAAAGGGGCGAGUGUGUGGCCACCCCCACUCAGCCGCAGAAAGGGCCACUUGUCCUAGUGGGGGAGGAGGAGGGGGGUCUGCGUGCGCGUGUGUGCACGUGUGUGUGCGUGCGCGUGUGUGUGUCCGUCCGUCCCAGAGCAUUGGACCCUCCCUUCACAGCGUGGCUUGGCCUUGCAUUCAUUCAUAGCAGGCGCCUUCUCUUGUGCUUCCGGAAGGGCCUAGAACUCAAGAAGGACACACACACACACACACAGAGACACACACACACAAACACACACACACACACACACACCGGCCCCGCCACAGGCCUGCCCUUCCCAGGCCACACCCAGGCCUGAGUCCUUGCAAAGGUGCCGGGUGAGGUGGGCCUACUAGAGGACUGGUCUCUUGGGGGCAGCCUUACAGGGCUGGGGGGCCUCCCCUCUCCUGCCCAGGCUCCUAGCAGGACCUGAGUCCCAUCAGAGUUCCUCUGCUCCUCUGCGGCCCUGAAACCACCAGCCCAGGGUUCUUAUUCUCCAUCCCAGGACCUGUCCUGAGCUCUGAGCAAAUGCCUAGCUUGGGGGACAGAGGAGGGACCUGUGCCUUACCCUGGCCUUGGAGAGAGGCAAGCAAGAUGCGUGACGCAGGGCAUAACCCCGCAUGCUCUGCAGAGCACACGGGCCUGCCCAUGCGUGCUCCUUCUUCCAUGUGGGGCUGAGGAUGGUGGCCUAGACUCCAGCCCUGGGCAUCCCUGGGCCUGUGGGAGCUGGAGGAUUGGGGUGAGGAGACCUGCACGCCUGCCCCUGCUCGUACGCAUACCUGGCCCAGGGCAGCUCGGAAGUCCGGGGGGGCCCUCCAGCCCCUCAGCUGUGCUGCCAGGCCCCACAUGAGGCUCUGGCCAUCAGCCUCAUCCCAGGUAGCCAUCCAGGCUCCAUUCGGCCUCAGCUUGGAGUUCCAUGUGGCCCCACGCCCCCCGGGAACUCCUGUGCACCCUUUGUAAGACCCCCUCAAAUGUCUCUCUGCUGGCCACCGCCAACCUCAGGCAGGAGCAUCCUGCUCCACCGUUCUCAGCCCUCACGUUUCCUAGCCUGCGAUCCCAACGCUGAAUAGUGCCCCGAUUUGGCAGAAGGGGAGCCCAUGUCCAGAGGCAGGGCCAGCGCCCAUGGUGAGUGCGUGACUGGGUCAGCAGGUCAGUGACCAUCCCCUCCGAGAGUCAGUGGCAUGGGGCUGGUCACAGGGCAAGGAUUCACCCCGACACUCCAGGGAUGCUCAGUUUUUCCUGGAAGUUCCUGUACCCGCCCAGUCACACGUCUCACUGCCUCCACGGCUGCCCGCCUGAAGGCUUAGAGCCCCUGGCUCACCCACUCCCAGGGCCCCAGCCCAGGAUCCUGCCCUACCGACAGGGUUAGAGUCAGCUUCGGCCUCUGUAGAGGCUGGCUCCAGCCACUUCCCCCAGGAAGUCCCCUGGGCCUUGCCCUCCUCAGCCCUGAUACGUGCUGCCCCUGCCCUGGCCAUGCUUUGCCCUCACCUGCCUGUGAGGGGCUCGCCUCCUCUAGCAGGAGCCCCUGAGGUGGCGUGGUCUGGGGCCCGGGGCUGGAUUUCGGACAGGCGGUGGGUGAUACAAUGGAUGCCAGGCCCCUGGGGGCCACACCCUGUCAAGCAGUAUGACAAGGGUUGUUUGCUCCACGAAGACAGGACAGUGGGUGGACUUCCCCACACCUGCCCCCCUCACCCCUACUGUCUAGAUCUGCGGCCCACCAACCUCCCUCCCCACCCCCGCCUCUGUCUUCCAAGAGAUGUGGGCCCCCUGCCUCUAACCUGUUGCUGAAGGCAGGGCAGGCAGACUCUGUGAGACCCCAGGCCCAGGGAGAUGAUGCUCUUCCUGCCCCACUAGCUCACUGCACAGGUGGAGAAACUGAGGCCCAGAGGAGAGGAGACUCACUGGGAUGCAGGCCUCCGGCUUCUGCCUGCCCACCAGGGACUCCCAGACCCUCUCCCACCCCCUGUGCUCUCCUAGGCUGUGACCACAGAGGCCAAAGGGGAGAGUUCUGUUGUAAUCCUGGAAGACUCCUCAGAAGAGGUGACAGCCAUGUGGGGGCUGGAAGGGCGGGUGGAAAUCGGUGGCUGAGCAGGAGCCCUUGCCCGGUGGGAGCGGGCAGGCCUGGGGCAGGAGGCGUCAGGCAGGCCAGGAAGAGUGAGACGGGAGGGCCGGUGGGGAGUUUGUGUGGGUGUGCAGGGCACCGCCUCCCAGCGGGUAGCUGCCCGCCUUGUUUGCAAGGCUGCUCGAAGCACAGACUGGCCGCCCAGACACAGUGCCCCAGUCUGCCCAGAGGCAGCCUGGGGAUGGCCCUGCCUCCUGGCGCGGCGUCAUUUGAGAGGAUCCCCAGGGGCAGCCUUGCUGGAGGUCUUGGCUCUUGAUGCCCUCAGGAGGGAGUGGGGAGGGGGGCUGCCCAAUUGUGCCCAAUCCUCAGAACCCUGCCCUCGCCAUCCUCACGGGGUGCUACCCCCCCCCCCAGCAAGUGCAGACCAAUCCCCUUCUGGCACUGAGGACCCAGACAUUCAGGGCAGCCCAGCUUGCCCUUGCGGGGCUCCUGGGAACCAGGCCCAGAGUGCAGGUGAGAAGUGCACGGUGGAAGCAAAGCAAGGGAAGGGGGUUAAACUCUGAGGGGGCGGGUGGAGGUUGGGGGUUGGGACAGUCUGGAAGGCCUGCCAGCAGGUGGCCCCUGCAGUCACAGAGGGGCAAGGGAUUUGGACUUGAGCCUUAGUGGGGCUGGCCAGACUCCACUCUGCCCUUCACUGGGGGGGUACAAGCUCUCAAGGGCUCAGGCUCUGAGCCUGCCUGCUUCCCGUCCUCCCUGUGGUGCCACGGUGACAACCUCCAUCCUGGCAGAGAGGAGGGUGAACACAGUGCCUGCCUUGGCAUGGGGGUGGGGAAUUGGUGCCAGAGAUGAAGUAUCGCGUCAGCGUUUGCUCAGUUGGUCCUCACAGAACGUUUCUGAUACAUAUAUUUUUUUAAGUCAAAAUUUAUUUUUUUGAAUAAUCUCUACACCCAUCGUGGGGCUCGAGCUCAUGGCCCUGAGAUCAAGAGUUGUGCGCUCUCCAGACAGAGCCAGCCUGGCACCCUAGAACAGCUCUAUGAUUGUUAUCACUAGUGGGAGCUACCGCUGCCCCCGCCUCCAGGAAGCCCUCAGUCUCUGUUGCAGAUUCCGAGGCCAGAAUUUUGGGGCUGCUUCUGGGUCCCAUCGGAGAAUGUCCUUUGCAAUGUGAGGCCCUUGAAGAGCUGUUUGCUUCAGGGGCGCUUGACUAGUUGAUCAGGAUAAAUGGCAGAGACUGUUUGACGUUGAGACUUCUCUGGAAAAUCCAGCUCAUGCGCUCCCUGUGCUUACAGUUAAGUGUGUAAUAAAACAGAACUGCAAGAACCCCAGGCUGGCCACGGGCCCACGGCUCUUUGUUGACCUCCACAGCUUUGGGGUUAGGCGUGCUAGCCCGCACCCAGACACCCGCCUAACAAACACCUACACCGCCCCCCCUCGCCUGAAAGCGCCCCGGAGGCUUCCAGCAGCGCCCUGUCCACUCCCAGGUCUGUGGCCGGGCGCCUCCCUGGCCG